UUAUAAUAACAUCUUCAGCUUUGUCGGCUGAGAUUUGUGAUUUGUAUCCCGAGCGGCGUGAACAGUAACCAGCCCUAUCUCCAUGGAUGGAGAAGACCAGAAACCAAGUCUGGAAUCACCAUUGAUUUCUCAAGAAGCUGUGUUUCACUCCAGGAAUGGAGCAAAAAGAGAGGAGAUCUUGGGUGAAGUGAAGAAACAGUUGAAAAUAGCAGGGCCUUUGAUGUUAGUCAAUGUUCUACUAUAUAGCUUACAGGUGAUUUCAGUAAUGUUUGUGGGUCAUCUGGGAGAGCUAUCUCUCUCUGGUGCUUGCAUGGCCACUUCCUUUGCUUCAGUCACUGGCUUCAGCUUGAUGAUAGGAAUGGGAAGUGCAUUAGACACCUUCUGCGGUCAGUCAUUUGGAGCAAAACAAUAUCAUAUGCUUGGUGUACACAAGCAAAGAGCCAUGGUUGUGCUUCUAUUGGUUAGCAUUCCUGUUGCUUUUAUUUGGAACAAUACAGGCCAUAUUCUUGCAUCAUUGGGACAAGAUCCAGAGAUAUCAGCUGAAGCCGGACUUUAUGCUCACUUUAUGAUACCUAGCAUUUUCGCUUUUGCGCUUCUACAAUGUCAUAUCAGAUUCUUACAAGCUCAAAAUACUGUGGUUCCUAUGAUGAUAACCACAGGAUUCACAACUCUACUCCACAUCUUCGCUUGUUGGAUGCUGGUCUUCAAAUCAGGGCUUGGAAACAAAGGGGCUGCACUUGCAAAUGCCAUCUCUUAUUGGAUCAAUGUCCUAUUAUUAGCAAUUUACAUUAGGAUCUCCCCUUCCUGCAAGAAAACUUGGACAGGUUUUUCAAUGCAGGCCUUCCAUGAUGUGCUAAAAUUUCUAAGACUAGCUAUUCCUUCGGCUGUAAUGAUUUGCUUGACAAUCUGGUCAUUUGAAAUGAUGGUAUUGUUAUCUGGUCUUCUUCCUAAUCCAAAGCUUGAGACAUCAGUUCUAUCAAUCAGCCUUAACACGUCUUCAGUAAUUUUCAUGAUACCCUUCGGAUUUAGUGGCACAAUAAGCAUAAGAGUUUCAAACGAAUUGGGGGCUGGGAGACCACAAGCAGCACAAUUAGCAAUAUAUGUUGUGUUAUUCAUGGUCGCCAUAGAAGGCAUUUUAGUAGCCACCGCCCUGAUCUUAGGGCGUAAUUUUUGGGGCUACUCGUAUAGCAAUGAGGCAAGUGUAGUGAAAUAUGUUGGAGAAAUGAUGUUGUUGCUUGCAAUAUCCCACUUUUUUGAUGGCAUCCAAUCGGUACUUUCAGGCGUGGUUAGAGGAAGUGGCAAGCAAAAGAUUGGCGCUUUGGUUAACUUAGGAGCUUAUUAUCUUGUUGGAGUUCCGCUUGGUGUAGUAAUAGCUUUCGUCUAUCAUGGUGGAGGAAAGGGACUCUGGACGGGAGUUAUAGUUUCACUCUUUGUGCAAACAAUAUCUCUUGCAAUCGUAAUUCUUUGUACUAAUUGGGAGAAAGAAGCAAAGAAGGCUAUUGACAGAGUAUAUGACUCUAUGGCCCUGUGAAUGCAGUAUCAUCAAAUUGGCAUCGAAGUAACAUUGAUUUUCUAACUAAAUCUAUAUAAAUAAUUCUCAAUCUUGUUUGUAAUUCAUGACUAGAAACCAACUUGCAUUUAACAUGUAAGCCUAUUUGGUUCAGCAUUCCGGGAUUGUUCAUUUCCAUUAAUGUGUAUCUUAUAAAUUGACUUGUUGAAAGCUUGCCAGUAACAUGCGUUUUUCAUGCCCCUUUGAGAUUAAUGAA